GCCCCGCGCCGCGACACUUCACGCGCUGUCACAAUAUAACGUGCCACCAUUCGCGUAAAUUAACUUCGUUACCUCGCCAUUAUUCUCGCUCUCAUGCGAAACAAAUAACGAGGUGUGUGCUGUCUUCGGCGUCGGCAUUCGUGACAUCGUGUGACUCGACUCUACGAAUGUGUUGGGAUUAACAACGUGACAGCUAGUUUUCAACAAGUUGUGCCUAUUGUCGUAUUCAGGUAGUAAAAUAAAACUUAACAAUGUGAACAAUGUUUAUAAAAUGCAAAAACAAUGAAAGUUCAGGGACGUUUCUAUGACAGACGAUUUGCGAUCGUAUGACUACGUCAGAGGAACUGGAAUAGAUUUACGUUUACCGAGCGUGAAAUUAAAGGAUAAACAAAUGAAUUUCGAAGCGGGCGCCAUAAUAAUGAAACAGCAGUCGGCAUCAGGAGGUGUCAAGCGGCAGACACGGUCGGCGUGACCCGGCACGGUAACUCGGCCGCGGCGCAUCAGGAGAACUGGGCCAUAUCAAUAAGCGUGUCCCAGUUACCUGGAUUCGUGCGACGGCGAGCGCUGCGGCAGUGGGUAGUGGCGAAGCCGGCGAUGUCGGGCAAGUCUUGCACCUCGGGCAGCGUGCGCUCGUGCGGCGGCUCUGUGCGGCUGGGCACGGCGGGCGGGCACGAGGUCGUGCUGGACGCGCUGUACGAGCGCAAGCGCGACAAGAAGAGCGUGCGCGUGCUCACCGUCAUCGUGUACGUGUUCUGCGUGUCGCUGGCUGCCAUCAUGCUCUCGCUCUACUACGUGUUCUUCUGGGAGCCCAAGGACGCGCAGUAUGCGCAACGCAAGGUGUUUCACACAGUAGAGAAGCAAACCAGCACCACACCAAUGCCCACAUGCUUUAUGCCCCUCACCGGAGGAGGCAAUACCACAGUGAAUGGUGAGAUCAUUCAAUCGACACCGGAGAACAUCACCGGUGGCUUUCCCGAGGACAUUGUCACCGACAGCAGCGUGGGGCCUACUGUCGACACGUCUUUACCUGAUACCACAUCUUCGGGACUGCACAAUGGAACCUCAGAGAUGAGCACAUUAAACGUCACUGAUAGCAUCACAUGACGAUCACUAAGUCGGAAACUAACGAACUCAGAACGCGAGGAGAUUAGAUAGACUUGUACAAGCGGCAACAACUUACUAGUCAGUACCAAUAGUCACUCUAGUCAAGUACAUUUUUGGGUAAACUCGUGCUAUGAAUUAUAACUGACAUCGAUUUGUGACCCCUCAGAAUUUGGUGCAGUGACAGUGAACGCCAUAAUGUAAGACGUAGGAUAGGUAUUUAUUAGAUAAUCGUGAUUGAUGGCCAAUAAACGAAGUAACACCACUAGAUUAUAAUGUGUUUAGAAGGUACCGUACAUUGUUACUGGCAGGCAGUGGCAGGUAUUUUGUGUCUGAUUCCUGAUACUAAAGUGUAUAAAAUAUGGAAUGAAACGGUAAUAGUUCUAUAGCUGGGUUAAUGACCUUUAUCCCUUGCAUGUGGAGGAAGGAAGAUGCUUUAAAAUACUAAAGCCUGUAGAUGGGUACCUACCAGGUUAUAUAGAUAAUGUAGGUGUUAACCUAUUUUAGACCAGUGUGAUAUUAAAGAAAAAGUGUGCAGAAGCAUUCAUUUACUCGACUUAUUCGAUUGCUGUCAAUAAUUUUCUCGUUUAAAAUUACAUAGGUCAUUCCAAAUUAAAGGUCACAAUAGUUUGAGAUGUAAGUAGGUACUUACCUAUAAAAGCAUACCUACCAUUUGUUUGACAAUCGGACAAAUGUUAGGUAUGCCUCGCCCACAGUAGUGUAAUAGGGCCAAUUUACUUAUGUACAUUUACUAUAAUAACUCAUUAGUGCAGGUGUUUGUACUUAUCUAUCUAUUGAGAUGGGCGAGCCUUUUAUAGCACUAUAUUGUUUAAAAGUAGGUACCUACCAACCUACCUACCUACAUUAGAACGAUGGCAUCAUGGCAUAAACAUAUUCAUUGAUCCCCAGCCCCUACGCAGAGAGGAAUUACAUAAUAUCUGGCGUAUUUCAGUCUUAUUGGGCUGAGUGCUACCUAGGAAGACGAGCCUUGCCGCCCACCGUAGCGCUUCUAAUCUCAAUUUACUGAAGCUAACUUGCUUAUAAAGUAUCUACCUGGCUACCUACAUAAUAUAAUGUAGUAUCGAUCUUAGUAUUUACAGGAAUAAAUGCGAAAAAUCGAAUGUUGGCAUAAAUAAAUUGGUACUAAAUAUUUUGGCGCCAAUAACAUCGGAAGGCUGAUACGAAAUACCAAUUUUGAACUAAACAUAAAAUUAUUAGAUAAUUAUACCUAUUGUAUUCUUAGAUCUCACAGUUGAAAAUGUCCAUUUAUUACGGCCAUAACAAUGUCAAAACUAGAUCUGUUAAGCAAAAUCAAGCUUAGGAUUUAAGGUGUCUCUUGUAUUAAUAGUUUUAGUUUUGUUGCCUGUUUAGAUAUUUGAAAUAAUAUUUAUGCCUGUCACAAAAUGCUUUCAGUAGGUCUGAAUCUCUUUAAAGCUCUAUGAACUAAUACUUACCUAACUAGUACCUAACGUAAGUUAUACAACUCAAUGUAACUAGAUGCUAAUUGCUAAUGACACUUCCACCCUGCAAUGUUAUCACAGAAUCAUUGCUCUUCUCAUUAUAUACAAGCUAUAUAAUUGUUAUAGCUAGGUAAACUAGCUGAUGUUAUUCUAAAUUUACAUUUAUAUAUUUAUACAUUAUGAAGCUGAAGAGAUUGUUUGGUUUUGUGAUUGAACGCGCUGAUCUCUGGUGGUAGUCCAAUUUGAGAAAUAUUUUUAUAUUUUAUAGCCUAGUUUAGAUGUAAGGAUAUAUUGUAGGCCAAUAUUGUGCUCUACUUCUCUACUUAAUGAUUCCGAAAUAUGAUUACGUUCCAUUUCAUUACACAUAACUUAUGUUACAAAGUACAAUGGCCAGCAGAUCAUCCUACUACAAUCUGUCACAAUUAAUUGGAUUUUAGACUUUAUGUCAAUACGAUAAUGUUGAAAAUGUAAUAGAGUAAGACAGAAAAGGAUACUCCAAUCAUUCUGGACUUCACGUCGUAAAAAUAAAGUUGAAAAUCGAAUAAAAAGAUUAACAGAGAGGAAUAGGUUGGCUUGCUGGUCACUGUACUACAGUACAAUAUAGUAUAAGAUCCCGUUAUAGAACGACCUUCACCGAGAUGCUUAUUUAAUGAAACGUAUUUUAUAUUUAAUUUAAUAUGUCAAUAAAUAUAAUCCAUAUGGGUUGCCUAGCAAAUUUCAGUCCAGAGUAUGUUUAAUUAAUAAUUAAAAAAAAAUAUUUUUUUAAACAUUUCACCGGUAUGAUUAUUAGAUAAAUUCUAUACCAAUCGAAAGUAUGAAGCCCAUAGAAUACACAAACGUUAGGUUGCCUAUUCUUUUCCGGUCACAACUAUCGGGUUGCCAGGUAUAAACAGGUAAAUCUGUACUAGCAUUUUGCAACGUUCUGUUUAUUGGAUGAAAUUUAAAUCAAAUUAAAGAUUAUUUUAUUCUGAACACGGUGGUAUAGGGUUGCCAGCGAAAAAUAAGUCCAGAAUUGCGGUUGUCGAAUUUUAAAAAGUUAAAUAUUGCUCCGAGUGAAUGUGUGCGACUGAGAGGUCCCAACCAACCAUCCCAUGCGAUAGAAGAGGACACAGCAUAGCAGCUGUGUAAAGUCCGGUCAUUUAAAGAAAGAGAGUGCGCAUGCUCUUUGGGCUUGGAAAAGAAAAGGAUAGCGAUAGACUAUGCAUCAUUUUGGAGUAGAGUGUCGCUAUAAAUACAAUUGAAAAAACGUGCUACUAUUUAUUGUUGGAAAAAAUGGCAAAAAAGUGUUUUUUGUGUGGAUCGGAUGGUGAAAUAAUUGACUUUAAUGAUGAAACUUUCAAAAACUGUGUAUUAAAGUUAGCUUUUCGUAAAAAAAAA